AUGGCCAUGGGAACAAGUGCCCUCAGCAAGAAGCCAUGGUGGACCCUGCCUGAAAACUUUCAUGCUCCAAUGAUUUUCCACAUGGAAGAGGACCAGGAGGAGCUCAUCUUUGGGCAUGGUGACACAUACCUUCGCUACAUUGAGGUGCACAGCCACACCCUUAUUCAGCUGGAGAGUUGGUUCACAGCUACAGGCCAGACUCGUGUGACUGUAGUGGGACCACAUAGGGCAAGGCAGUGGCUGCUGCACAUGUUCUAUUUUGUGGGGAGCCAGGACUCCUGUCGUCAUGAUCAAGGCCUCAAGAUGCUGGAGCGUGUCCGGAGCCAGCCGCUGACCAACCAUGAUCUGGUCGCCUCCAUUAGUGUGCCACCGUACACCGGAGACCUGUCUUUGGCUCCCAGGAUAAGUGGAACCGUGUGUCUUAGCGUUCCUCAACCUUCCCCUUACCAAGUGAUUGGUUGUUCGGGAUUCCAUUUGAGUUCACUGUAUCCGUAA